CUUGCACCAAUAACUGCACAGUCGGCACUAAACGUACUGACCGUGGAAACCAAAGGAGAGCAAAAUGGUAGAUCCUAGCACCGCCGACCGGUGGUUUAAGGCGAUGGAAGACAUACCCUCCUUGACUGAAAACCCUGAAAGAUACCGAGAAAUCUUUUUGGCGCUUUCACCAACCUUUCUCCAGAAAGGGUUUCUAUUUGAUGCCGUCACGGGAUAUUUCGACUCCGGUGUUAUGGGACGUCUGAUCGGCUGCGUUGGAAGCGCGAAAAAUCGAGUAUUCAACGUGUUGGCUGUGGGUCUCGGAGAAGGUAAACACGAAUUCCACAUGCUUCAGAAGCUGUCUUCCUACUUCAAUUCGAUCCGUGUCACUGCCGUAGACCCAAAUAAGGGAAUGUUACAAACGUUCUGUGCAAGACUCAAAGAUUGUGACGUCACGAAAUCCAUCGCGUGUCGUCCGUUCGAGGGGACGUACAGUGAGUUUCUGGAGAGCUCAUUGGCUGAUUGCAAGUUCGAUUUCAUCACUUCCAUCCAUUCUCUGUAUUACAUGGGAGAUAUCAAUCGUGUCGUUAAGAGUAUGUUAUCCUCUCUUCAGCCCACGGGUAUCGUGUACGCUGCCGUAGUCCCUGAUGAGAACGAUUUAGGGAAACUUUUCAAUGCGAAACCAUGGCUAACAAAGAGGACGGCGUUUUCAAUAACAACGGCACUUGAAAUAAAGUCUAUAGCAGAGAGAAGAGGGUACAACGUUGACAUUCAUCGAGUAUCUCUGAGAUACGUGUGCUCAUCCAUUUUUGACGAAGACUCGGACUAUGGCAACAUGAUACUCGAUUUCGCGUCAAUGACACCUUACUUCCGCCGCGUUGCGCCACGGGAUAUCGUAGAAGAUGUCUUAACAUUUUGGCGUAAUAACAUCACCGAGGAAAAUGGUGUUUUGACUGCGUGUGGAGAUGACGGUUUGGUGGUCAUUUCAAAAGAUUCAAACCAGUAAUAAUAUCUAUUCAUGGGAGAAACAUGUCAUAUGUUUUGGUAAUUGAGUCUCGAGGUCGA